AUGGCGAGGCCAGGCGGCAAGGAUGAAUCGUGGGAGUACAGCCUGCGCAAGUAUCUCCUGCUGCUGGCUACGCUGGUGGCCACGGUGACGUAUGGCGCGGGGUUCAACCCCCCCGGCGGCGUCUGGCAGACUGCCGACCGCGCCGCCCACCGCAUCGCCGGCGACCCCAUCAUCCGCGACACGAACUACGCCCGCUACCUGGCGUUCUUCUACAGCAACGCCACCGCCUUCGCAUCGUCGCUCGUGGUCAUCGUCCUCGUCCUCAUCCUGUCCGUGCUGCACGACAGCGGGGGGAUCAUCAGGCUCGCGCCGCUGCUCGGCGUCCUCCGGGCCGUCAUGGUGCUGGACCUGCUCAGUCUCAUGGGCGCCUACGCGGCGGGGGCGUUCCGGGACACGCUCACGGCCGUCUACUCCCUGGUGCUGUCGGCCGGCGUCGUCGGCUACCUCGUGGCCCACUUGGUCCUCGCCUCGAGGUCGCCGGCGGAGGAGGACAAGUACAAGAGAGGGAAGAGCGCGCCGGAGCGGCUCCGCAAGGUGCUCAUGCUGCUGGCCACGUUCGCGGCGAGCGUCACGUACGUCGCCGGCCUCAGCGCGCCGGGCGGCUUCUGGGACCACCCCGAGGACGGCCACCGCCCGGGGGACGCCAUCCUCAAGGGAGGGCCCCACGACGCGCGCCUCAAGGCGUUCUUCGUCUGCAACACCACGGCGUUCGUCGCGUCCCUGCUCAUCCUCGUCAUGCUCCUGGAGAAGAAGCUCUGCUUCAGCCAGAAGGUGCGGUCCUAUGAGAUCUACGGCUUCAUCGCCGUCACGCUCAUCAGCCUCCUGGCGGCGUAUGCUGCCGGCAGCAGCCGGAAGAUUGACACGACCAUCUAUGUCAGCGCUCUGGUUGGUGUCGUUGCCGUGUGCAUUCUCAUCCAAGUGGUUUUUGUUUUGCUCUUUCAACAAGCAAAUUCGAGUCAGGGGCAACAAACUAAUGGCAAUGGCAGUGAUGAGCGUCAACAGACUCAAGGUCCGGAAACCAGCAAUGACAACAAUGGCAGCGACGAGCAUGAGAAGCAACAGAAUCAAGCGCUGGAGAAGGCUCGCUCUCUAGUCCUGCUGCUCGCCACUCUCGCGACGGCCAUCACCUACCAAGCAGGCCUGAACCCGCCGGGUGGCCUCUGGCAGAGCGACGGCGGCAGCAUCUACAAGAUCGGUGAUCCGAUCCUUUUGACCACGAAUCCCAGGCGGUACAAGGCGUUCUACUACUGCAACUCCGUCGCCUUUGUUGCCUCCUUGGUUGCCAUUGUGCUGGUUAGGAAGAAGACCCUGCACCACCACAACGCGCUGGAGGCCGCCAUGGUGCUGGACCUGUUCGGCCUCAUCGGUGCCUACGCCGCCGGCAGCUGCCGGGACGUGAGCACGUCCAUCUACGCCAUGGCCCUGGCAGGUGUCGUGCUGGUCUACGUGGUGAUCCAUGUCGUCUUGUUGACGCUGGACCACAAGGACGGCAGCGCGAGCGCGAGAGGGAAUGAUGAAACUUCCCUUGAGGAGAAAAAUGACGCGGAGCUCGUGGAAAAGAGGCGCAAGCGGCUGCUCCUCUUCGCCAUCUUGGCCGCGACCAUCACCUACCAAGCCGGGCUGACACCGCCGGGUGGCUUUCUGGUCCAGGACGAUAGCCAUACCGGGCGACAUGCCGGCGAUCCGGUCCUGCUCAACAACUACCCGCGCCGUUACACGGCUUUCUUCUACUGCAACUCGGUGAGCUUCAUGCUGUCCAUCGCGCUCAUCAUCCUCCUCGUGAACCCCAAUCUGUACCAUCCUGCCAUUCGGAGCAAUGCGCUGUCUGUCUGCACGGCGGCCGGGUUGAUUGGAAUCAUGGGCGGCUACGCCGCCGGCUGCACGCAGCAUCUGAAGACAUCCAUCUAUAUCUUCGCGUUGGCGGCAGUGGUCCUGUCCACUGUGGUCUUGCUGGCUGCAGUGUUCCUUGUGAUCCAUCUGAAAAAACAAGAUGACAAUGCUAACUGCAACAGAAGAGCAGCAAGAGAGGCACCCGGGGAAGAAGAAGAAGAAGCCAGUGCUGUUGCUGCUGAGGUGCCAAAUGCCAUGGGAGCCGAGCACAGAGCUCCUCAAGGAGCCAAAGCUCGCCGUGAAGGAAAGAGGGCACAUGCCAAGCGCAAGUAUCUGAUGCUGCUUGGAAUCCUUGUGGCGAGCGUGACCUACCAGGCCGGCUUGGCGCCGCCGGGCGGGGCAUGGCAGUCCAACGACGGCACUCACACCGCGGGCGACCCGGUGAUGCACGACUACCGGAGGGCCCGGUACCUUGCCUUCUUCUACAGCAACUCCACCUCCUUCGUGGCGUCCGUCAUCGUCAUCGUCCUGCUGCUGCCAGAGCCGCUGCACGAGCACGACAAGUGGUGGUGGCUCUGGCUCGGGGUCAUGAACGCGACGAUCGUGCUGGACCUGCUGGGCCUCCUGAUCGCCUACGCCGCCGGGUCCAGCAGGACGUGGAAGACCUCUGUGUAUGUUUCCGCCCUCGUUCUCGCUGUGCUCGCCUACUUCGCCAUACAUGUGCUGCUGUCAAGCUGGGUCAGGAGAGGGAAGAAGACAGCCCCCGACUCAGCGUCCCAGGAGAACGGAGAGAGAAACGAAGCGGCAACCUGA